GUCAUGAGAAGCACACGAAUCUGAAUUCCCAUCCCACUUAUUACUCGUACUCUCAAUUUUACAAAAUUUCACUCACCAUACACUCAUUACCCCCAAUCUUUUUUUUACUGUUGUCAGCGGAGCUGUAAUUCUCGAGUUUUCUUCGAUUUCACUCAUUCUCUCGUUGUAUUUCUCUUUCAUCUUCCGCUAUUCCAUUCCUUUCAUUUACCAACACUCCGUAAUCUUUUACUUGACUCUAAAGUCCAUAUAUGCGCAUCAUUUAGAUUGUAUCUCUUAUUUCAUAAUCAUACUUGUUGCUAGUGAUUUCAAUUGUUGUAAGUUGUUAUAGAUCGUUAGGGUUUGUUUUGUGGUUUUGAUUGAUCUGUUUUUGAUGGAUCACCAAUCACGCUCUGAUAAUCACCCUUUGACGUAUGAUGAAGUCUCCAUGGAGCAUAGUAAGAGCUUCGUCAAAGCUUUGCAGGAACUCAAGAACUUAAGGCCUCAACUUUAUUCGGCUGCAGAAUAUUGUGAGAAGUCUUACCUUCACAGUGAACAAAAACAAAUGGUACUGGAUAACCUGAAAGAUUACACUGUACGGGCUCUUGUGAAUGCAGUUGACCACCUGGGCACUGUUGCUUACAAACUGACGGAUUUACUUGACCAGCAAAAGUCAGAGGUCUCAACAGUGGAACUUAAACUUUCAUGUUUAGAUCAGCAACUUUUGACAUGCCAAACUUAUACUGAUAAUGAGGGCUUAAGGCAGCAACAGUUACUAGCUAUCAUUCCCAGGCAUCACAAGCACUACAUAUUGCCAAAUACUGUCAACAAAAAGGUCCACUUUAGCCCACAAAUUCCAGCUGAUGCUAGGCAAACUCUCCAAUCAAAACCUCGGUUUGCUUCAGGGACCCCACCACCUAACACUUUGUCAUGGCAUUUAGCAUCAGAAACCAAGUCUACCCUGAAAGGCACCCCACGGUCAUCAGUAAACACUGAGGAUUUGAGAACUUCUGGCAUAAGUUCCGGGGCAUUUAAUUUAGUAGAUGAGGCUGGCCGGACAAAGUCUUCCGCAGCUAAUAUUCACUUGCCUAAAAUAGGGCCUGCUUCAGCUGCAGCUAUGCAUACAUUGGGUGUCACACGGGAUCCUCUAGAUAGCACUAAACCCAUGACAGCAUUCCGAUCGUUUGAUGAACCCACAAAACGUGCAAUUGUUCGGACCCCUGUUCGUAGCAAGAGCGUGCUUUCAGCUUUCUUUGUUAAACAGAAGGGGAAGAAACUGAAGACAUAAAGACUUGUGAUAUGUGAGCUACACGAUUUCUACAAUUGUAUAUCUGGGGAAUUCCUCAAAUUAUCACUUUCUACCCCACCUGAUCCAUUCUCAGUUGAGCUUAGUGAAUAUCUGGAGGACUUAACCUUUGUCCAAGUGAAAUGAGCAGAAUUAUGUACAAUCUUCGUUACUAGACUAAUCUCAGAUGAUGUACAAUGACAAUGUACUCCUGUAUAUUCUACAAUUGACAACGCAGCGAUAUAUUUUGUUUUUUUAUUUUCAUUGAAGUACAAAAACAAUUGCAAUGAAACUUCAUUCCUUCUGCUUCA